UCAUUCGCCUUCAAAAUGAUGAAAGUAACCGUAGCCGUUCUCUGCGUCUGCAUCGUAUUUGCCGUAGCAUCGGCAAAAAAGUGCGAAAGCUCCGAUGAUUGUGAAGCUGACGAAUGCUGUGUCAAAGGAAUUAUAUUUUCUUCUAGGUGCCAAAAAAUGAAAACAGAAGGUGAUUUGUGCAUUCAGCAUCCCGAUGAAUGGAAGGAAGAUAACAAAUACCGAUUCGCCUGUCCUUGUGCUGAAGGACUAGAAUGCAAACAAGAAGAAAAAGAUGAAAACAGCAUCUUGCCCGCGAUGUACAAGUGCCACGCUUCAUAACUGGAAAACAAAUUGUAGCAUAUAUUUGUAUUAUUUCCAGCUAAAUAAAUUCUGCUAAGAUCAACUAAUUUUUCCAGAAAUUAGAUAUCUUUCCUUGAUUUGUGUUCCUUUCUACAAAUGACCAGCUGCAAAGCUAGAAACUAAACUAUAGCAUGUGUUUGUAUUAUUUUUAUCUAAAUAAAUUCUGUGAUACCUAAUAAUA